AGUUGAUUGAGUUAGCGGACUGCCACUCGUGUAGCGCUAAUGUUGACUUGCUGACACCGCGGAGGGAAAGUUGGUAUUGUUGCAGCACGCGCCGGCCGCCGCCACUGCUUGUCCGCGCGCUCAAGCCCCUCAAGGUGACCCACUGCGACGAUUUACCAGUUUCGCUAAAUGCGCUCCGACGAAUCACAUUCCAUAUGCAACCAGCUCAUCGGGAGCCACGUUAUAAUUGUUAAACAAUGAUGUCAGUGUACGUGAUGUGUUUGUUGGCGAUGUUAACGCCAUCUCUGUGCCGACCCUACGACCCGGAGGACGCGGGGCUCAAGACGGUGCUGCCAUCUAGCGGGCAGUUCGAGGCGUUUUAUCCGCGCGAGGCGCACGGCGUGCCGAACGGCUCGUCGAGGCCUGCGCACGGGCACGGCAGUUUCUAUAAGCACCGCAACCCGGCGCUGGUAGACGUCAAGAACGCCGCCGCCUACGGGUUCAGGUUCGACGGCAUGAGGAGAUUCAAUUUUGAUGACGAAUAGCUGGGUCUCUAUUGUUUCCCAAAUAAUUUUAAGUCAUAAUGUAUUGUUUGUCCGAAUUUGCGUUAGUCAUAAUCGGUUUUUCUCAGAAACGCGUAACUUUUCAGGAUUGCCAUAAAACAAACCUAACCUAACCUAACUUAUCUACAGAAUAACCUUACGAAAAUCCUGAAAAGUUAACGGUUUCAGUUUUAUGACUAACGAUAAUAUGACAAUCAAUACAUUAUGACUUGAAACUUUAUAGGAAACAAAGGGAUCCCCGAAUAGCUUCUGAUAGCAAGAUACCA